GGGAGAGGAGACUUAUAGAAGUCACUGCAUCUAGGAAAAGGUCAAGAAGGGAGCAACUAUGAAGGGCUUGGACCAGUUGUUGGAGGAGAGAGUUCUGGCGUCUCAGGACUCUGGCCAAGAAGUGAGGAUCGACGAGGAGGAGAGAAUGGCUUCUGAGUUCCUAAAAGCGAAGUCUCAGAAAUUGCUGACGUUCCAAGACGUGGCAGUGGACUUCACCCGGGAGGAAUGGGGGCUGCUGGAGCCAGCUCAGAAGGACCUGUUCAGGGACGUGAUGCUGGAGAGCUAUGAGAACUUUGUGUCCCUGGGGCUUCCAGAUUCCAAAGAAGAUGUGAUUUCAUUGGAGAAGACAGAAGAACCAGGGCCACCUGAAGGAGAAGUCAUCCCAGGAAACACUUACACAGAUUUUCUUCAUGAAUAUAAUGUAUUUGGAAGACUUCAAACUGAAGAGAAACCACUUGAAUUUAAUGAAUGUGGGAAAGUCUUCAGCAGUAAAAAUGAUCUAGGCCAAGAUCAAAAAAUACAUACUGGAGGUACACCUUGUGGUUGUAACGACUGUGGGAAAGUCUUCGGUCAGAAUCAACACCUUAAAAUACAUACAAUAUUUCUUACUGCCAAGAAUCCUUUUGAAUAUAAUGAAUGUGGGGAAGCUUACCUAGCUGAACAUCAAAGAAUUCAUACUGAAGAUAAACCAUAUAAAUGUAAUUUAUGUGUCAAAGUCUUAAGCAGUAAACACUACUUAGGGCAACAUGAGAAAAAUCAUACUGGAGAUAUAUUCUAUAGAUGUAAUGAAUUUGGAAAAGCCUUUAGGAAGAAAGGAAACCUAUAUGAACAGAAGAGAGCUCAUUGUGGUGAGAAACCCUACUUAAUUAAUAAAUAUGGGAAAGCCUUCACACAUCAGGGAAGCUUAAAAAUCCAUGAGGUAAUUCGUAAUGGAAAGAAGUCCUUUGAAUGUAAUGAAUGUGGGAAAGGUUUCAAGCACCGAUCAGUUCUUUUGAGACAUCAGACAAGUCAUACUGGAGAGAAACCAUAUAUUUGUAAUGAAUGUGGGAAAGCCUUCAGCCAAAAGGGAAACCUUAAAAUGCAUAAGAUAAUUCAUUCUAGAAAUAAGCCUUUUGAAUGUAUGGAAUGUGGGAAAGGCUUUAGGAAUAGCUUUUCCCUUUUACAGCAUGAGAGAGUUCAUACAGGAGAGAAACCCUUUGAUUGUAGUGAAUGUGGAAAAGCUUUCAGUCAAAAGGCAAAUCUUAAUUCACAUAAGAGAAUUCAUACUGGAGAAAAGCCCUAUGUAUGUAAUGAAUGUGGGAAAGCUUUCAGCCAAAAGGCCAGCCUUAAUUCACAUAAGAGAAUUCAUACUGGUGUGAAACCAUAUUCAUGUAGUGAAUGUGGAAAGACCUUUAGUCAAAAGGGAAAUCUUAAGAUGCAUAUGAUAACUCAUACUCAAAAGAAGCCCUUUGAAUGUAUUGAGUGCGGGAACAGCUUUAGAAAUACCUUUCACCUUUUACAGCAUGAGAGAAUUCAUAUUGGACAGAAACCCUUUGAAUGCAAUGAGUGUGGGAAAGGCUUCAGACACAUCUCAGUUCUUUUAAGGCAUUAUAGAAGUCACACCGGAGAGAAACCCUAUGAGUGUAAUGAAUGUGGAAAAGCCUUUAGCCAAAAGGGAAACCUUAAAAUGCAUAAGAUAAUUCACACUAGAAAGAAGCCCUUUGAAUGUUUGGAAUGUGGGAAAGGCUUCAGAAAUAGUUUUUCUCUUUCACAACAUGAGAGAAUUCAUACUGGAGAGAAACCUUAUGUGUGUAAUGAAUGUGGGAAGGCCUUCAGCCAAAAGACAAACCUUAAUUCACAUAAAAGGAUUCAUACUGGAGAAAAAGCAUAUUCAUGUGAUGAAUGUGGGAAAGCUUUUGGAAAUAGCUUUUAUCUUUUACAACAUGAGAGAAUUCAUACUGGAGAGAAGCCCUUUGAAUGUAUCGAAUGUGGGAAAGGUUUCAGAUACAUCUCAAUCCUUUUGAGACAUCAGAGAACUCAUACUGGAGAGAAACCUUAUGAAUGUAAUGAAUGUGGGAAAGCUUUCAGCCAAAAGGGAAACCUUAAAAUGCAUAAGAUAAUUCAUUCUAAAAAGAAGCCCUUUGAAUGUAUGGAAUGUGGAAAAGGCUUCAGGAAUAGCUUUUCCCUUUUACAACAUGAGAGAAUUCAUACUGGAGAGAAACCCUACGAAUGUAACGAAUGUGGAAAAACCUUCAGACAGAAAACAAACCUUAAUUCACAUAAGAGAAUUCAUACUGGAGAGAAACCUUAUGUAUGUAAUGAAUGUGGGAAAGCAUUCAGCCAAAAGGCCAGCCUUAAUUCACAUAAGAGAAUUCAUACUGGAGUGAAACCAUAUUCAUGUAAUGAAUGUGGGAAGGCCUUCAGCCAAAAGGCAAGCCUUAAUUCGCAUAAGAGAAUGCAUGCUGGAGUGAAACCAUAUUCAUGUAGUGUUUGUGGCAAAGGCUUCAGUAAUAAUUUUUAUCUUUUACAACAUGAGAGAAUUCAUAGUGGAGAGAAACCCUUUGAAUGUAAUGAAUGUGGGAAAGGCUUCAGACACAUCUCAGUCCUUUUGAGACAUCAGAGAAGCCAUACAGGAGAGAAACCCUAUGAAUGUAACGAGUGUGGGAAAGCCUUCAGCCAAAAGGGAAACCUUAAAAUGCAUAAGAUAAUUCAUUCUAGAAAAAAGCCAUUUGAAUGUAUGGAAUGUGGGAAAGGCUUCAGGAAUAGCUUUUCCCUUUUACAACAUGAGAGAAUUCAUACUGGAGAAAAACCAUUUGAAUGUAGUGAAUGUGGAAAAGCUUUCAGCCAAAAGACAAACCUUAAUUCACAUAAGAGAGUUCAUACUGGAGAAAAACCGUAUAAAUGUAACCAUUGUGGGAAAGCCUUCAGCCAAAAAGGAAGCCUUAAUAAGCAUAACAAAACUUGUAGGGGAGAGAAACAUUUUGAAUAAAAUGAAGGGGCACUAGACUGUAGUCAAAGCUUAAAACAAUUGUAAUUCAGUAUAUAGAGACCCUUUGAAUUUAGUGAAUUUGAGAAAACCUCACAUAGUUCAUUGAAGCAUGGGAUUCAUAAUAGGCAUAAACCCUGUGAUUCAGAUGAAUGGGAAAACUUUUCAGCUGGAAGGGAAAAUAAUAUACACUAGAAAACUCAUAUUUGAGAAAUCUUUCAUGUAAUGAGUGGGAUUUUUAAAAAUGUUACAUAAACUUUUAAGAAACAUGAGACUAUUAAUGCUGGACAAAACGUGAAUGUACAGAUUAUGGAAAGGGUUUCAUGAAAAAAUAAAACAUUGUACAUCAGAAAAUUCAUACUGAAGGCCAGGACAUAGUGUAAUUAAUGUGAGCAAACUUUCAAAGAGUAGAAAGAGAGGAUCAUAAGAGACUUCAUACUGGAGAGAGAAACCCUUUUCACAUAAUGAAAGCCUUCAGGACAAGUCAGAUCUUUUUUAUAUGUCAUCAAAUCAUCAUGGUGGAUAAUUUAAAAAAAAACCACUUUUAAGAAAGCCUUCAUCAAGAGGAAACAACUCACUGAACGUCAGUUAAUUCAUACUGUUGAGAAUCUCCAUAAAUGUAAUGAAUAAAGCAUGCCUCAUCCCAGAUGUCAUACUGGAAUUUAACUGCAAAACAAAUACAUAAUGGAGGGGAAAAGCUUCGGAAAAUUCUAGUCAAAGAAUCUCAGAGUUGGAAGGGGCUUUAGAAGCCAUCACGUUCAACCUUCAUUUGAAACAAAAUUGCCCCUACAGUAUUUCAGAUUACUACCUGGAAUUUCUUUUAAGAUUUUUGAAGAGGGUGAACCUGCUGCCUCCCAAGAAAGCUGGCUCCAUUUUUUUGAUAGGUCUAAUUAUUAACAAUUUGUUUUAAAAAAAUCUGCAUUUACCCCCCUUCUGCACAUUUUUUUUGGCAACUUCUCCCUAUUCCUCCUAUUUUCACCUGCAGCCAAGGAAAACAAACUUAAUCUCCACUGACAACACAACAGAUAUUUGAAGGUAGUUAUUAUGUCACUCAUCCACCACCACCACUGGAGUUUUCUCUUCAAGUGAAACAUAUUUAGUUCUUUCCACUCAUCCUUAUGAAGUGGUCAUGAAGCAAAGGCCCUUCACCUCCCUGGUUGCCCUUUGCUGCACAUUUCUCAGAGAAUACUAAAAUGUGGUGCCCAGAAUGUACAAAUGAAAAAAUAUUUACUACGUGUCAAAUAUUAUGCCAAGUGCUGGAGAUAUAAAUGCAAAAAUGAGACAGCCACUGCCUUUAAGGAGCUUACAUUCUAAUUGGCUAAAACCUUGCAGCUUAGGGGAAUGUUUACCCAGGGAAAUUGUUUUAUUUGAGAAAUAACAGGGAGGGUGAAUGGAGCCAUAAAGAAAUUGAUUGACAUGUUUUGUUUUGUUUUUUAGUAGCAAUAACAGCAUUAAUUUAAUUUUCACCAUGGUUCUUGAGCUGGAAAACUAGGCAGUGGGGAAUAUGGGGGCAAGGGUAUGCAUAUGGUGGCAGUAAAGGUGGCAAGAUUACUAUUGUAGAAUAUGAAAUAUGACUAAGGCCAGCUAUGUAUAGGGAGCCGUGUGAUACUCUCACAAGUCAGAUCAGCUUAGGUUUCAGAGUGAGAAAUCCAGAGAUGAAAGAUGUAUUUUAGAUCAAAUGACUAUUUUAGAUUAGGAGUUCUUAGCUUUUUUUUGUUACACAGACCCCAUUGGCAAUUUGGUGAAACCUAUGGACCUCUUCUCAGAAAAUGCUUUUAAAUGCAUAAGAUAAAAUACUUAGGAUUAUGAAGAAAACUUGUGUUGAAAUACAGUUAUCAAAAUGUUUUUUUCCAUCCAUGUUUGUGGUCCCUAAGUUAAGAAUUUGUACCCUAUAUUUUCUCUGGACAGAGUUAACAAUAUGGUAGCAUCUCCUUCAUUUUGAUGAUUAUACUUCUUAUGUAGCCUAAGAUUGAAUUAGCUUUUUGGGCUAUUCUUUCAUGACACUUACUUUUUCUGAGCCUAUAUUCCACCCAGAUCUCCAGAUAUGUUUCAGAUCAACAGUAUUCUAGCUCUUCUGUUUCUUCUUUGUACUCAGGUGUAAGAUUUUACUUAUAUGUUACUAUGAAAUUUCAUCUUACUUAAUUUGGACUAAAAUUCUAGCAUGUUAAGUUUUUUGGAAUCCUGACUAGGUAGUCCAGAGUGUUAUCAUUCCCAGCUUUUGUCAUGAUUUUUUAUAACCUUGUUUUCUAAGCCAUUACAAAACUCAUAGCCCAGUAUUCAGCACAGAUCCCUGGGCCACUUUAUUGGAUAUCUCUAUCAAAUUAGCUUUAAAAAGUUAUCAUCAAAUGAAAUCAUUAUUUAUUCGGUUCUGAAGAGGUUAUGUGAGAUUUUGUUCCCAGCUACAGAAAUGUCUAUUUUCUUAAGAGAGAAACUUCCUGUUACAGUACAAUGUGACCCACAUUGGAGGUUCUGUACUUAACAGCUCGCAAAUUUAAGCUAGUGAUAUUUAAGCUGUCUUUUGGUACUCUUAUCUCCUGAUCUUUUAGUUGGAGAUCAUCUAGGGAAACAAACACCUGCCAUUGGUUCAUAACACCAAUUAAUUUUUGCAUGAGCUACUGAAAAGUAGCAGGGUGUUUUGGGUAGACUUUAUUCAUUUGUUAGCCAGUGCCUUAUUUUGACUGCUGUGACCCACCUUACAGUUUUGAGGCACUAUUGAUGUAUGAAAAUUUACCUUUAAUAAUGAGGCCAAUGGAUGGAUCAAGCCAGCAUCAUUAUUUUUGUUAUGGUUAUUAUUAUUGUUAUUAGUCUCAUUUAUUUUCUUAUUACCACUUUUUGACUGUAUACUUAAAUUGCAAAGUGCAAACCCUGUUUUGGGAGACUUUUCCUAAAUAGAAGAAGCUUUUGCAUUAGGUAAGAUUUAUUUUAGUGAUUUUUACUUACAUGUUAAGAAUUGAUCAUCUUCAUUUUGAAAGAUUUAAGAACUCUGAUCAAUGCAAUGAGCAACCACAACUCCAGAGGACUGAUAAAGGAGCGUGCUACCUACUUUUUGAAAGGAGGAAUGGAUGCAAGGUGCAUAGUGAGACGUGCAUACAUUUUUGGACAUGACAGAUGUGUGGAUAUGCUUUACUUGACUAUGCUUAUUUGUUCCAAGGAUUAUGUUACUCUUUCUUGUAUUGGGGGAGAGGGAUCUUGCAAAGAAAAGAAAGAAGAGAGUCGUUGCAAUAUUUUUUUUCCUCAGAAGAGAAAUAAAGGAUAUGCAGAAGAAAAUAGGCAAGCAGAAUAGCUUUGAAAGUAACAUGAUGAAUUUACUGUACACUUUUUUAAAAAGCAAGCUGUAUAUAAUAGACAUUUACAUUUUCACAUAUCCUAUUUUUCUGUUUUACUUUGCAUAUAGAAAUAACCUAUUUCAUUUGGGAUCCAUUAACUUUAGAAUAAAAAUUAAAAAGAAUGUAAGCUGCUUGAGGGCCAGCAUAUUUCAUUUUGGUUGUAUCCCUAGCCCUUCACAGAGCAAGUGCUUAUUAAAUUCUUGUUUUUUAAAGCUACUA